UCCAUCCCCAAAUCCUUCUCUCUCUCCUUUCCCUUCCCUCUCUGCAAAUCGUCCGGCGAUCGAUGAGGAUCCGGAAGAGAUCAGCCCAUCUCCCUCCCCCCUAUCUCUCUCCUUUAUUCCUCCCUUUUCUCUCUCUAAAACCAGAAGAAAUAAGCCACGGAGAAGCUCCAAGUCACGAUGGUCAUGAGGGUUUUAUAGAGCGAGACAAGGUUGAUCAUGGUGACAGUAAUAAGGACCAGAUUCCUCUUCAAUAUAUCGGAAAUUUGAGUCCCUUUAUCUUUCACAGCAAUCAGGAGGAGAAAGUGGGUAUGAAAGGGGAUGAGAGUGUGGGAGAGGAGCCAGCGGGUGCACCCAAUAACAGCCCUGGUGCAAGGCCUCCUCCUCCAUUGCCUCCGAAGCCAGAGAGAGAAACAAAUGGGAGGUGGUCGAAAGAGGACUACUCGUUUCCACUGAAGAAGAGAAAGAGAACCACUGUAGAAACAAGCGAGGAGAUCAAGGAAGAGGGAAUAGAAAUGGCCAAUGUUAACAGUGAUAACACGGCAAAGCCGAAGAAGAAACAGAAAAAGAAGAAAGAGAACAGCGAAACCGAGCUCGGCGGCUCGCAGUGCAGCCGGAUGAAUGGUAGAGGGUGGCGGUGCAAUCAGCAGACGCUCGUCGGCUACGCUCUCUGCGAGCACCACCUCGGCAAAGGGAGGAUGAAGAGCAUAAAUGGGAUAGUCUCGAACAAGAGAGAGAAGCUAGGAGAAUCCCAGAAGAGAGAGAAAGAGCCUGAAGAAUCACAGGAGAGGAGAGAGAAGUUAGAGAGAGAAAGGAAGAAGAAGGUGCAUCCUGUGAAGGCCAAAUCAAUCAACAGUAUCAUAAACGAAACAGAAAUUUGCAAACCCCAAGUUGGGUUUGAUCCAAAACUCACAUAAAAUCACGGUAUAUUUGCUUUGUUCUUCUAUUUUUUUGUUUCUCUCUCUUCUUCUUUUUUUGUUGUUCAUCUCUCUUCUAUUUUCCUUCUUUUUUUUCUUUAAAAUGUGCCGCUGAGCCAGUACUGAGGAGUCAACGGUCCUGAUUUUAUAUCGUUUUCUCUUGGUGAAUCUCAACCGUCUAUUUGGGACUUGAUCUGACACUGUGCUUUGGCCUUUUCGAUGGUUUCCGUUUGUGGAACAAAAUUGGUGGGUCGAGGAUUCGAACUAGAGAGAGUGACGCCUCAUUUUAUUUAUCUAGAUGCUUCCUCGCA